UAAGUGAUAGGAUAACCAAAACGGUGCAUGCAGAUAAGCUAAAGAAAGCCCCCACUCCCCUCCAACCUCAUGAAGAGCCACGCACACAAUCGCUGGACAACGCAGCUGGCAGUUCCACGUCAGACGACAGUGAAUAAACAUGUUCUUCCUCCUAACACUAGUAACAUUACCCCUCGCUUCGUGCCUCGUUGGUUAUGACUGUGGAGGGGAAGGAUUCAACGUAACCACGAUAUCGCUCCUCGACGUGGGAGCAUGUGACACCAACGACAUUGAACCAGAGAAGGAGGAAACCUAUAUCCAGCUGAUGCAAUUAUCGGAUUUCGACCGAACUCCAGCCAUACAAUGCAGAGUGGAAGUGGACAGAACAAUUACUUAUUGCGGUAUGCACUCGCAUGCCUCGAUAGUCCACAACGGUAGGCGGGAAUACCUACAAGAGAUCGGAGAACACGCAUGCAAAAGACUUCAUGAGUCCGGCUCAUUCCGUAUGGGCGAUGCCAUGGUUGACGGAAUAAUAAAAAACGCAACCAAUCUGAGAACCGUAACUCUAGCCGGAUCGGCUACUACGGAAGCGUCAUGUGAAGGCGCCCAAUACACAGAUGGAUACGGAACCUGGAAAAAUGUAGUGGUCCAAGCUCUAUUAAGAAUUACUCUAAAAACUUUUGAGGUGCAAGUUAAAAGGUCCACCGGGCAAGCUAUAAUGCCAUCAGGGGCAGAAUGUAAACUAUCACAUGGCUAUUGCAUAGACGUCGAAGGUGCAGAAACGUACUGGUCACCACUACCAGUUGACCAUUGUCACUUCGACCAGUAUGACAUAAUAUACGAGGGCCUUGCCACGAAGCUAAAACCAAAAGUCAACCAAUCUACACCAACUAUAUAUACCGUAACGACUCAGGAGACCACAUUCGCACUUACCAAAACAUCAGAAUUCGACGUUUGUGGAUAUAAACUUACGCAAACGGAACAUCCAAAGCUAUGUAUUCUAGAAACCACAAAAGGACGGACCUUUCGGACAAGAGGAAAAAUUGCCGUUGACAAUCUGGAUAUUUUCCUCUACGUGAACUCGAAGUUUGUCUACGUAGAAAAACAUAUCAAGACACAACUCACUCAGCUAUACAGGGACAUUAUGGAACAAAAGUGCGCACUGGAAAGACAAAUACUGCAAAAUGCACUAACUCUGGCUAGUGUAGCACCAGAUGAAAUGGCAUUCCGGAUAAUGAGAGAGCCCGGAUACACCGCAGUGACCAACGGUGAAGUUAUACAUAUAGUGAGAUGCGUCCCUGUGGAAUGCAAGAUUCGUCAGACUGACCAUUGUUAUAACGAACUACCCGUCUCACACCGUAACGCCUCGCUUUUUCUACUUCCACGUUCGAGAAUACUUGCCAAGACCGGAACUAUAAAAGAUUGCAGCGAUCUACUACCAGCAAUGUACAAAAUCCACGGAAGCUGGUUCCGGCUUACGCCUAAGCCAAUCGAGGUUUUAGCACCGCCAAUCAUCCAGCCGCUAACACACCCCAAGUGGCACUAUAGCAGUCCUGCGUCACUAGCAACGAGCGGCAUUUAUAACAAUGACGACCUGGAGCGACUCCGCUCCCAUAUAAUGUUUCCGGUAGAGAAACCGUCGAUGUUAAACACAAUCGCCCGAGGAGCACUGGGCGAAACCAUUCCAUCAGGCAGCAUCUCGAUGCUCAACCUUCUGGACGAGGACUCGCUCAACAAGAUAGCCGAGUCCGCUGGAGCAAAGGCCUGGAAAGGCUUUGUAACAUUCGGAUCGGCGAGCGCUGGAGUGCUCGCUAUUUUUAUCAUCAUACGGGUGGUAAAACUUGUGAUUGAUACCCUGAUCCAUGGCUAUGCAUUACAUUCCAUAUACGGCUGGAGCAUGCACCUGCUGGGUGCAGUGUGGAGCUCGGUGACCCAACUGCUGAUACAUAUCGGACGAGAACCAAAGGAUGGACCAUCAGCACCCGAAGAUGCCCCGCCCCAAACCCCUUCGUCGACAGAAGACCGCCCCCCUAAACCCGUGACAACAUGCGAAAGAGUGAGAAGUGAAACCAACACCAAUCCUACAUACACUUAUUCCGAACUCCGCAGAUACGUGAAAGACAGUCAACGUGAAGUGGAAAUAGUUUAAGAGUUCAAAAAUGUUAGCAUACGCCAACAUUUUAUUAUAAGGGGGGGGGUGUUAUAUCCCCAACGUGUUUCUGUUAUAUCCCCAACGUGUUUCACUCCCAACAUUUAUUUUCGACUAGCCUCAUAAGCAUUGUAACUAACAUUUAUUAGUCUCAUAAGUAUUAACCAAUAACUCUAUCAUUGUAACCACUAAAAGGUACUACUACCAUAAGUUACCAUUAAAGGUAAAACCCAUCGUUACCAUUACCACUUAAGCAGUUAUCAUAAGUUACCAUCUAAGACGUUACCAUCAUAAGUUACCAUCUAAGACGUUACCAUCAUAAGUUACCAUCUAAGA